UCUCAACAGAGUAGAGUCGAAACAGAAUCCUGACUUCGAGUCUUGUCUUGUGGGCUGUGCCUGUGACGGACUGACGGCACAGAGGUAAUGGAGGCCGCGCCUACCACCAUCACCGUCCAGGUCAAGUUCGCCGGGCGGACGAUCCCCGUGGAGGUCCCGGCAGCGGCUUCCGGCGCGGAGCUGAAGCGCCUCCUCCAGCCGCUGACCAAUGUCCUCCCGCGCGGCCAGAGGCUCAUCUGCAAAGGCAAAGUGCUCCAGGAUGCCGCAAGCCUGAGCUCGAUGCAAGUAGUGGGCGGAUCCAAGGUGAUGCUCAUCGCGUCGCAGGGGCUCCAUCAGGGGGAUGGUCCUAUCACAAAUAAUAGCAGUAGCUCAGCAACAACUGUGAGAAGGCCUUCAAAUGUUAAGGAGAAUCAAACACAAAAGCCAGAGGUAGUUGUCACCAAAAGCCGAUCUGAGCGCUGGAAGUUAACAGGUGUUGUUGCGCUGCAAGACUGUGACUUGAAGGUAAUACCUGAAGAAGUCUGGGAUUGUGGCACCUCGAUACGAAUACUAGACAUUAGCUACAACUGUAUCAAGGAAAUUCCACACAAAAUCUCUGCUCUUAAAUCUCUAAAUAAAUUGCUCCUAACUGAAAAUGAUAUAGUUGAUGAUAGCAUCUGCUGGGAAGGUCUAUCAUGUCUUCAAAAGCUAUUGAAUUUAUCUUUAAGCGAAAACCGACUGGUUAGCUUGCCACCAACUUUGGGUUCACUGACUUCUCUUCGUGAACUGUGUGUUGCAAAGAACAGGCUUGAUAACUUGCCUGUAGAAAUAGGACUGCUGAAGCACCUCCAGGUCCUCAUAGCAAAUAACAACAGGAUAACUUCAUUGCCUUCAUCAAUAGGAGAUUGUGAAUCUCUCACUGUGGUUCACCUGUCAUCAAAUCUCUUAACUGAACUGCCAGAGACCUUUGCGAACCUUCGUAAUCUUAAGAAUUUGCUUAUAAGCAACAAUGGCCUUACGUCCUUGCCAGCAGCGUUUUUCAAAAAGUGCUCGCAGCUUACUACACUGGAUCUCCAUGGCACAGAAAUCACAAAUGAUGUUCUUCGACAGGUGGAGGGGUGGGAAGAGUUCGACCAGCGGCGGAGGCAGAAACAUCAGAAGCAGCUCGACUUCCGUGUUGGCUCAUCUGGUGUGUUCGAUGAAGGCGCGGAUGAUGAUAAUAGGCGAAGGUGACUGCCUGAAAAUUGUGAGCAUAAUACUUUGCUACGAUAUUUCUCCCAAAGAACCGUAGAAAUGUACAACUGAAAACUACUUCUAUGGAGCCCGAGAUGUACAACCUUUUUCAUUCAGUCACGUAGAUAGACACGUCAGGAAAACAACAUCCUUGGAAAGCCAUGGCAGAUAAUGAGGUAAUAAUAACAACGCCGCACUCAUGCGACGCCCCCAUUGACCCUGAU